AUGGCAGCGUGGGCGUCCCUUUUGUCCUCCGCCCUGCUAUGGCUGACCCUGCUCUCCUUCGGCGGAAAGGCCAAUGGGGAGAGCACCUUCGGAGCAGUCAGAAUUACGAGUCUGGUACCCUCCCUCGGUUGCUCCCCGUCCAAAGGUUGACCGUUUUUUUGCUGGUCUAGUGAGAUUUCUUAUAUUCAUACCCAAAGUCAUAAAUAUAUGUAUUUAUAAAAUUAUCUGAAUCAAUAUGAUCAAAAGUUACGAUAGAAUUCUGACCUAUGCACUGAUGCAGCUCCCGGCCACAGCUCUCUGCCGGUCGUCCAACGCAACGGUCCUUGCGCAGCCAAGUCUGUUAGCAAACCCAACCACCUUCAAUCUCUCGCCCAGGAUUCUCUGCGAGUCGCUUCACUGCAGGAAAUAGUUUCCGGCGUCUCCCGUGGGAACGAUACAGUGCUCCUGGGAAGCCAGAUCUCCAUCCCGGCGAGGAGUGGCCUGUACCUCGGAACCGGUAAUUACGUCAUUACUGUUGGUUUUGGCACUCCGACGAAGAGCCAGACCGUCAUCUUCGAUACCGGAAGCAACGUGAACUGGAUCCAGUGCAAGCCGUGCCUUGUAAGCUGCUACUCGCAGCAAGAGCCUUUGUUCGAUCCCCUCCUCUCGUCUACCUACCGUAAUGUCACCUGCGCAGCGUCCGCGUGCCUCGAGCUUACCAGCAGAGGUUGCUCGGGCACCACCUGUCUCUAUGGGGUGACCUACGGCGACGGAUCCUCCACCGUUGGAUUCCUCGCCAUAGAUACCUUCACGCUGACGUCCACCAAAGUGUUCAGUAACUUUAUAUUUGGGUGCGGCCAGAACAACCGGGGGCUGUUUAGGGGGGCUGCCGGGCUUAUCGGGCUCGGACGCAGCCCCUACUCGCUUAACUCGCAGACAGCCAGCAGUCUGGGCAAUAUCUUCUCCUAUUGUCUCCCUUCCACAAGCAGCUCAACCGGCUACCUCAAUAUCGGCAAUCCGUUAAGAACUACCGUUGCUUACACGCCGAUGAUUACGGAUUCACGCGCACCCACCCUCUACUUCAUUGAUCUCGUUGGAAUUACCGUAGGGGGGACACGGCUUGAAUUGUCGCCGACCGUCUUUCAAUCUGUUGGGACAAUCAUAGACUCUGGGACGGUGAUCACCCGCCUACCCCCUGCGGCGUACAGUGCACUUCGGACGGCCUUCCGCGCGGCCAUGACGCAGUACCCACUGGCUCCGGCGGCCAGUAUACUGGACACUUGUUAUGACUUCCGUAACUCGGCGACCCUGACGUAUCCGGUGAUCAAGUUAUUGUACACCAAUCUCGAGGUCACGCUUCCGGCAACCGGGGUGUUCUACGUGAUCAGCUCAGCACAGGUCUGCCUGGCCUUCGCCGGGAACUCGGACUCCUCCCAGAUCGGCAUCAUCGGCAACGUUCAGCAGAGGACAUUCGAGGUGACCCACGACAAUAUUGCGAAUAGAAUCGGGUUCUCAGCCGGGGCAUGCAGCUGA